AUGGCAACCAUCUUUGGGACAACCGCGGCUUCGGGGAUGAAUGCUAGGUCUGGGAAUGAUCUGCUCUCUAUUGAUGUGGAAGAUGAGGAGAAUAGUGAGGUGAACACAUCACCAAAUGUUGCUGAAUCCUCUCACCCCAAAGGACCACCAAAAAAGAAGGCCAAGGUAGUGAAAGUUCUUGAAGAUCCACUAGUUACCACUCUCAAUUAUGUGUUCAAACUUGUGGUUGAUGCUCUUAUCAAGUCUGAGGAUGAUGAUGAUAUACCCGCUGAACUUUGGGAUGAGGUCUGCAAGUUGGGAGAAUUUGAUGAAGAGCACCUAGCCCACUACUAUGCUCAUCUUGUUGACAAUCCGAAGAUCGCAAAAGCCUUCAUGACACUUUCCCAAACCAACAAAUCUGUUUGGGUGAGUAGGUACGUGAAGAACUUCUAA